AUGGAAGGCUGUCCGCGAUUGCCAAUGUUAAGUUUUGAUUUAAAAUCGUGUAUGGAAUCGGUUAAUUUAUGUGAAAAAAUUCCUAGUUAUAUUUCUUCAAAUUAUCAAGAAAGUGGUGAAAAAUAUUUAAGCGAAUGUGAACAAAUUAAUCGUCUUCGUCAGAGUGCUAUUGAUGCGUCGGCUGAUCUAGUUGGUGUACAACUUUUGAAAAAGUAUUAUUGUCAGUUACAACUACUACGCAAUCGAUUUCCAAUGUUGCCCGACACCGAAUGUGCUGUUCGGUUUACAUGGGAAGAUGCUUAUCAGAAAGACGAAAGUUCGUUUAAUGAUGCUCGAUUUGAAGAAACUGCUAUUUUAUAUAACAUUGGUGCAAUAUAUACUCAUUUGGCGGGACGAGAAACAAGAAAAACUCAUGAUAGUAUUAAAAAUUCCUGUACAUAUUAUCGUUGUGCGGCAUGGGCAUAUCAAACCAUUCGCGAUCAAUACACAGCUUAUACUCCCGAUUUGAGCCCUGACUUAUUGACGUAUCAAUUUUAUGUUGUAUUGGCACAGGCUCAUGAAACAGUUUUAGAAAAAUCAUUACUCGAUCAACGGCCAGCGUCAGUCAAUGCACAUAUUGCAAUGCAGAUAUCAGAAUAUUAUCAAAUGGCUUUAGUUAGUUUAACAAAGCCGGGCAUUAAUUCCAUCGUAUCAAAAAAAUUUAAAAAACUAAGUGGUCAUUUACCAAAUUAUAUUGAAACCAAUGUAUCUAUGGCUAAACAAAAAGAGAACAAAAAACGUGGAGAAGCAGUUUGUUAUUAUGAGGCUGCUGUUGAACGUCUCCAAGAAGCAUGGAAAAGUGCUGCAAAGAUUUCAAAUGAUAAACUUCAACCAUUCCAAGAAAGUCAUACAUUCUCGACAGAUGUUAUAGUUGGAAAAUAUAAAUCGGCUAAACGAGAUAAUGAUUCCGUUUUUUUUGAAAAAGUUCCAGCAUUAUCUAGUUUAACUGCCGUGCAAGGUGCAAUUGUUGCCAAGCCACAAUCAUUUGAUUUUCAGGAUCCAGAAGUAUGUGGUCCGGAUAUCUUUCAACGUUUACUUCCGAUGGACACACAUUUAGCUGCAUCUGAAUACAGUGAAGAAAAAGCAAAAUUGCUACGCGAAGUUGUGGAAUUAGUUGAAAAUAAAAAUCGUGAAUUAGAAACAUUCUUACUUUGUUUACAACUGGAUCGAGUACCGCUUGAUGAUGAAUAUUUACGUUUACCUCGUGAUUUAUUUGAUUGUUGUGCUGUUGUCGCUGUCCGUCCAAAUAUGCCAAAAGAUUUAGCCUCAUUGAUGCAACAAUUAAAUAGUCAACAUCAUGAUCUUGAAGAACAAGUGGAAGAAUUUAAUCAAGAACUCAAAAUUUUCAUAGAAAAUGGAAAUGAUGCAGUCAAACAAAACAAAGAAUUAAAAAGUUUACAAUCAAAUUUAAAAACAACCAUAGAGUCGUUAUCUCGUGCCAAUGAAAAUGAUGUCGAACUACAUAAACGAAUGGUUACCAUAAGUCAACAUUUAAAAUUACUGGGGUCACCACUUGACCAACUGGAAAAGACAUUGCCGGUGAUUACUGAACUUCAUGGUAAAACAAAUAAAAAAUUACUCUCGUUUCUCGAAUUUUAUUCGCUUGUCUUUUUAGAUGAGAAUAAUAAACCAAAACUUAGUCAUUUAAAAACAUUAGCAGAAAAAAUUGAAGUUAUGCGCAAACAACGUGAACAGUUGAUCAAUGAUUUUCGUAAAAAAAUUCAUGAGGAUGAUAUAACGACAUUAAUGAUAAUUCGUCGACAAGAUAGUCACAAAAAUCUCUUUGUGGAACAAUUGAAAAAACAUGAAGAAUUGAUUAAUAUAAUCAAGCAAAACUGUGCAGCUCAAGAAAAUAUUCUUCAGAUGUUGACCGAGGCAAAUGCAGAUUUUGCAGAAAUUCGGUCAAAAAUUACAGCUACAAGUGAAGCUCGAACAAAUCUGAUCAAUGAUUAUAUCAAUUCAUUUAAAUCAUUCCAAGAUGUAACAACAAAAGCAAAUGAAGGCAUUGAAUUUUAUAAGAAGUUGACUAGUAAUUUAGAAAAAUUGAUUGAACGUUUUUCAACUGUACGACAGAUAAUUGCAAAGCAACAACCGCCAUCAAUACCAUCACGUACACAAUUGUCUCGAACAUCUCUGCCAACACGAUCAAAUCAAGAACAAAUUGAUCGCGAAUUUCCGAGUAUUUCUCCAUUAACGUCAAUACCAACUUCAACAUCAACAAUGCCCGAUCGUCCACGUCUCAAAGAUUAUUUAGCGAUAAUGAAACCAGAAACCUGGGGAACAGAUAGUGUUGGUCGAUCAAAACAGUUAUCAUCGAGCGAUCGCCUUAGUACUUUACAAGAUACAUCCAUGCCUUCAACAAAUUAUUACGAGACGCAACAACUACCAUCGCAAUUCGAUUCUUCAUUUAAUCCUCAAUUCCAAGCUAAUCGAUCAAAUUCUAUUCCACCUAUAACACAUUCUCAGCCAAACCUAAUACAACAACCUCAAUGGCAAGAUCAGUUACCGUCGUCUGCUACUACCAGAACACUGUAUUCAAAUUCGAUAUCUCAACAGCUAAGUAUGAGUCAAUAUGAUCAAUCACAAAAAUCUCUUUUCACAUCACAUACCAGUAUGAGUCAACCACCAUCACAACAAAAUUUCAAUCAGCAACCAUUUUCUCAAGCAAAUAUCUCAUCAUUAAAUCCGCAAGCCCCAUUUAAUCAAUAUACAAAUCAACAGCAAACUCCUUUUACUCACCCACAACCACAUGUACAAAAUCAAUCAAUUCAUAAUCAAUAUCCCUCAUCACCACAGGAACAACAGCAACGUUUUACUUCACAGUCGACACUUCAAAAUCCACCUGUGAACCCAAUCGUAUCAACGCAUUAUCCUCAGUCAGUCAUACCACCCUCGUUUCAUCAACCCUUCGGCUCAGUCAAUAAUUCUCUAUCUAGUCAGUAUCAAAUGCCUCCUUUAUCCUCACAACAACAACAACAACAACAAUAUCAAUCUGCUUCUAUUCCGGUUCCACAGACAAAAUUCGAUCCUUAUCGGCCACAACCUGCUGGCGCCUACGAAAUACCGAAAUUACAACCUUAUCAACCACAGUCAAAUGUCCUAUCAACCGUGCAAUAUCCACAACAUUGGAACAACAACAUCAACCAUUAG